AUGACAACCGUGCACAUCAUCGAUGUCGAGAGUGGCAAUCUCCGCUCUCUUGUCAAUGCUAUCGAGUAUCUUGGAUUCCAAGCUAAGCUAAUCAGCCGAGCAGAUGACCCAGAGUUGGCGGCUGCUAAAGUUUUGUUGCUUCCUGGUGUAGGAAAUUUUGGUCACUUCGUGGAUAACUUGGCUUCAAGAAGUUUCGAACAACCUCUUAGAAAAUACAUCGCUUCGGGCAGGCCUAUCAUGGGAAUUUGCGUGGGGCUGCAGGCAUUUUUCAAGGGCUCAGAAGAAUCCUCAGCUAGUAAAGGUUUGGGAUUCUUGGACCACCAAUUAACCAAGUUCAAUGCUUCUAAGAAACCAGUUCCAGCAAUUGGUUGGAACACAUGUACUCCACAGGGCAAACUAUAUGGGAUUGAUCCUUGCCACAGGUACUAUUUUGUGCACUCUUAUGCCGCCGUGCUAAACAAUGACUCCAAGAAGGCGUUAAGUGAAGCUGGUUGGGACAUCGCUGUGUCAAAAUACGGCUCUGAGGAGUACAUCGCUGCUAUUUCCAAAGAAAACAUUUUCGCAACUCAAUUCCACCCAGAGAAGUCCGGGCAUGCAGGUCUCGCCAUCAUCAAAAACUUCAUUGAACAAAAACACCCCGCCAUUUACCACUCAGCUCAGGAAAAUGCCUUGUUGUUGAACGACUAUUCGAACUAUGGGUUAAGCAGAAGAAUUAUCGCCUGUCUUGAUGUUCGCGCGAACGACCAGGGCGAUCUGGUGGUCACAAAAGGUGAUCAGUAUGAUGUGCGUGAGAAAGAAGAAGGUGGAAACGUCAGAAAUCUCGGCAAGCCUGUAGAGAUGGCUAAAACCUAUUAUGAACAGGGCGCGGACGAAGUGACAUUCCUGAAUAUCACCAGUUUUAGAGACUGCCCGUUGAGGGACACACCCAUGUUGGACGUUCUUAAAAUGGCCGCUAAGACGGUCUUUGUACCUUUGACUGUUGGUGGGGGUAUUAAAGACGUCACAGACGUUGAUGGAAAGGUGGUUCCUGCGCUCCAAGUAGCCACACUUUAUUUCCAGUCCGGAGCUGACAAAGUAUCCAUAGGCACGGACGCUGUUUAUGCCGCUGAAAAAUAUUAUGCCUUGGGUGGACGUGGUGACGGUACAUCGCCAAUCGAAACCAUCUCCAAGCCCUAUGGUGCUCAAGCUGUCGUGAUUUCUGUGGAUCCCAAGAGAGUGUAUGUCGAUGGCCCCGAAUCCACAAAGAACAAGACGCUUAAGACGAAAUUCCCCAAUGAAAAGGGUCAGGAAUGGUGUUGGUAUCAGUGUACUAUCAAAGGUGGUAGAGAAAGCAGAGAUAUUGGUGUUUGGGAGGUAACGCGCGCUUGUGAGGCGCUUGGAGCGGGCGAAGUACUUCUGAACUGUAUCGACAAAGACGGCUCCAAUUCUGGAUAUGAUUUGGAAUUGAUCGAACAUGCCAAAGAUGCAGUGCGUAUUCCAAUCAUCGCAUCAAGUGGUGCCGGAUCCCCCAAACAUUUCGAGGAGGCGUUUGAAAAUACAAGAGCAGACGCUUGUUUGGGAGCAGGCAUGUUUCACAGAGGUGAGUACACCGUGGCGGACGUUAAAAAGCAUUUAUUGAACAAAGGAUACAAGGUAAGAAUGGAUUAA